AAAGGAUUAAUCAUUUACGGACCACCUGGAACAGGAAAAACACUGGUUGCGAGAUGCAUAUCGGAAAUUCUCAAUGCAAAAUUAAAGGUGAAGAAAGUCCUGUUCAUGUAAUCAUUAUUGAAGAAAUUGAUGCCAUUGCAGGGAAAAGAGGUGCAAACUCGGUAACUGAUAGGAUAGUGAGCCAACUUUCAACAUUGGUUGAUGGCGUUAGGGAACAAACCAAUCUGUUGGUUGUGGGGACAACUAGUAGGAUUGAAUUGAUUGAUGAUGGCUUGUUGAGACCAGGGCGAUUUGAACUGCGCUUGCAAUUAGGUCUACCAGAUGAAGAUGCACGGUUGAGGAUUCUACAAGUCAAAGCGAAAAGGAUGCAGAGAAGGUUCUUUUUCGAUGCUGACAUAGACCUUUCAGCCAUAGCUUCUGCGACAGAAGGACUUAACUUAGUCGAUGUUGAGGGUUUGUUACAGACGGCAUUGGAAAGUGCAUUGUUGCGUGGUUUUCAAGGACGUCCCUUCAAGGCGGAGGAUAUUCAAAUUAAGAAGGUGGACGUUCAAAUGGCCCUGAAAGGUUUUGGCAGAGACGUUUAAAUAGUUGGAAGAUACUUUGUUUGGCUGGCACCAAGAUCUCUGAUUAGAUUGGAUAGCGCCUAUAACUAUAAACGCCUACAUCACGAAUAAUAUAACAGUUUUAGUACACAUAAAUUGUUCCUCUGUGAAUAAGACACUGCAACAGCUCCUGGAUUACUUUUUCAAGAUGAUUUUAUUUCAGAAUUUGCAAUAGCAGCUAAUAUUCGAGUUUGGGGCAUUAGAGCAG